UUAUACCGCUGAAAAUGAGUAAAGAAGUCCCCAUAUACAAUAUGGGUUUAUAUAUUCUUCCUCUCACUCACGUCCUCUUCGCCUGCACUUCCAUCGUUUUUCCUGCCUCAUCUUCUCCCGUUCCCUGAUGAGGGGCCUGGCUCUCCGUAGGUUCGCUCGCUUCCUCUACUCCCUCUUCUUGUUCCCAAUCCUUAUCCCCUCCACCCUCUCCGCCUCUCCACCGCCUCCUCUCCAUGCGUCUUCGACUCCCGCGGUGGUGGCGACCUUCAAGGUCGGCCUCAUUCUCGACAUGAGCUCCGCUACCGGGAAAGUCUACAGGACGAUCGCCCGGAUGGCCGCCGACGACUUCUACGACAAAUACCCAAACUCCACCAACCGCAUCGUCCUCCUUCCCCGUGACUCCUCCCGCGACGUCGUGAACGCCGCCGCCGCUGCGCUGGAGUUGCUGAACGAUGACGAGGCGCACGCCAUACUCGGCCCGCAGACCUCCGUGGAGGCACCCUUCGUCGCCGAUCUCGGUGCCAAGGCCAGAAUCCCCGUCGUUUCUUUUUCCGCCACCAGCCCCGCGGUGUCCCCCGCGCGCAGCCCCUACUUCGUCCGCGCCGUCCCCAGUGACGCCGCCCAGGUCCGAGCCAUCGCCGCCAUCGUCCAGGCCUUCGACUGGCGCCGCGUCGUCGCCGUCUACGAGGAUUCGGACUACGGCACCGCCCUAGUCCCCUUCCUCGUUGACGCCUUUGACGAGGUCGGCGCUUCCGUCCCCUACCGCUGCGCCCUUUCCCCCUCCGCCACCGAGGACCACAUUUCCGCCGAGCUCUACCGCCUGAAGACGCUGCAGACGUGCGUCUUCGUGGUGCACGUUACCUUCCCGCUGGCCAUCCGCCUCUUCCCUCUCAUCAGGAGCGCCGAGAUGAUGAGCGACGGCUUCGUUUGGAUAAUCACCGAGGGGCUCACCAGCCUCCUCGGCUCGAUCGACCCGCCUACUCUGGUGCCCGACAGCAUGCAAGGCGUACUGGGGGUGAAGCCGUAUAUCCCCUGGUCCCCUCGGCUCCGAGAUUUCAAGAGGAGGUGGAGGAGGGAGUUCUUGAAGGAGAAUGCGGAUUCCGACGUCACCGAGCUCAGCAACUUCGGCAUAUGGGCCUACGAUGCGGUCUGGACCGUGGCCGCCGCCGCCGAGCGCCUCGGCUCGGUCGUCGGCCCCGGCUUCGAUAUGCCCGGGAACAAUGGAACCACGGACUUCUCUAAGCUGGGUGUGUCGAGGACCGGCCCCAAGCUUCUGGACUACAUCAAGCAAACAGAGUUCCAGGGGCUCGGAGGGAGAUUUCGUCUCGAUAACGGAGAGCUGAACGUGACGGCUUACCAGAUCAUGAACGUGAACGGGGAGAAGGCGAGGGAGAUCGGGUUCUGGACGGCUAGGCACGGGCUGACCCGGGAGCUGAAUAGUAGCAGCACGAGCGAUUACUCGGCGACGAGGGAGGGGCUGCUGCCGGUAAUAUGGCCGGGGUACUCGACGGCAGUGCCGAAGGGGUGGGUGACGCCGACGAGCGGGAGGAAGCUGCGGAUCGCAGUGCCGGGGCCGGUGGAGCCAGGGUUCCAUUCCUUCCUGGACGUGGAGCGCGAUCCAGCGACGAACGUGACCCUGGCCAGGGGAUUCGUGAUCGACGUUUUCGAGGCGGCGGUGCGGCAGCUGCCGUACGCGCUGCUAUUCGAGUACGAGCCCUACCGCAACGCCAACGGAACCAGCGGCGGCGACUACAACACGCUGGUGAAGCAGGUCUACGACAAGAAAUAUGACGCAGUCGUCGGGGACGUCACCAUCACCGCCAACCGGUCCAUGUUCGUCGACUUCACCUUGCCGUACACCGUCUCCGGCGUCUCCAUGGUCGUUCCUCUCAGAGACCAGCACAGCAAGAACGCCUGGAUCUUCCUCAAGCCCCUCACAGCGGAUCUCUGGCUGGUGAGCGCCGCCUUCUUCGUCUUCACCGGCGCCGUCGUGUGGGCUUUGGAGCACAGGCGGAACGCAGAGUUCCAGGGGACGCCAGGCCAACAGUUGGGCACCGUCUUCUACUUCUCCUUCUCAACCCUCGUCUUCGCUCACAGGGAGACCUUGAUGAGCAAUCUGUCGAGGGUGGUUGUGAUCGUAUGGGUAUUUGUGGUGCUGAUACUGCAAUCCAGCUACAUUGCGAGCUUGACCUCCAUGCUCACGGUGCAACAAUUUAGACCCACCGUCAGUGACUUCGAGGAGCUCAAGCACAGUGGGCAGCACGUGGGGUACCUCAAGAGCUCCUUCACCAAGGGACUGCUGCUGAAGCUGGGCUUCGAGGAGUCGAAGCUGAAACCAUUUCGAUCACCCCAGCAGUACCAUGAAGCGUUGUCCAACGGCAGCGUGGCCGCCAUCAUCGACGAGAUCCCUUAUCUCCGGGUGUUUCUGAAGGACUACUGUGACAACUACACCAUGGCAGGGCAAACCUACAAGACCGGUGGCUUUGGAUAUGCCUUCCCCAAAGGGUCGCCACUAGCGUCGGACCUGUCGAGGGCGAUCCUGAACAUAACAGAGGGCGAGGAGAUGACCGAGAUCGAGAGACGAUGGUUCGGUGACCAGACGAGCUGCCCAAACCAAGGCAGCACGCUCUCCUCCGACACCGACCGGCUCGACUUCAAGAGCUUCUGGGGGCUUUUCCUCAUCACCGGAGCCGUGUCCAUGCUGUGCUGCAUCGUCUUUUUGUCGCGCUCCGCCUACCGUAACCGGCGCACCUUCAAAGACAUCGCUGCGGAGAAGUCCUUCAGCCGGAGACUUAUCUCCAUCGCCCGGCUCUUCAAUGCCAAGGACAGCUCCUCCCAUGGAACCAGGAGGAGGACUGAGCCCAAGCAGGUCGGGCCAGCCACGAGAGACGCGAGUCCCAGUGCUUCGCCUUACUCUAACGACGCAGAUGACCAAACCACCAUCUCCGAUCACACAUUUGACGGAGGAAGCCCUUUGCCGGAGAUUGGCAGCCCGAUAACCGAUCCAAGGCCCCAUGCUGAGAUUACCGAAGCAAGUCGCUGAUGGCAUUGCAUGGUAUUGGCACACACACCAGAGAGUUCACAUAGGAACAAGAGAGUCCAGAAUCGUACUAGUGCCUGUUCUCUCUUUGUAGUUACUGAUCCUUGCUUUCACAAGUGAUGGUGGAAGGAUACCAUCUACAGUAUAUUCUUGAUCUUGAUAUCAACAAGUAACCGGUCACAAUUUUUACAGCAUCAGAAUCAUAGUGUUUUGAUCCAA